AGAAGGAGAGGGGGUAAAAUCGUACACCAGCCAUAAAAGGAUCUUAUAAGAACACAGCAAGAGCGGCACUAGCUACUCUCAUUCGAAUCUUCGUCCAGUUCCCGCGCUAUUUCCCUCAAUUUCAUCUCUUUCUCUCUCUGAUCUCCGACGAGCUAGGGUUUCGAAUUUUACAAUCUCGGCCGUUUCACUUCAAUUCUCGAUGUCUUCAUCGAAAGCAAGCGCUAAGAGGAGGGCGAAGGGCGCGGAGUCGCUCAGAUCGGAGAAGAAAAGGCGGAUCGAGGACGAUCUCGAGGACGAUCCGGAUCUUUCAAGUGAUAUCAAAGGAAUUAUGAUGGCGCUGCAGAGCAUCAAGGAGAAGACGAAGAAAGAAGAGCAGCAGAAGAGUGAGGAGACGAUUUCGAGUGUGACAUCAGAUAUUCGGUCUAUGUUGGAGGUUGUCAAGACAAAAAUUGAGAAGGAAAGGCAGACUUUUCUGAAGGCCCUUUCAAAAAGCGCCAAAGAGUGUGAGAGUACUUUGAAGAACGAGUAUUCCAAGUUUCAAGCAGCUUAUGAGAGAUUCUCAAAGGACAAAGCAGCACAUCUGCAAACUGCUAAAGAUGUCUUUUCCAAGUAUGAAGAGGAGAAGGAAAAGUUAUUUCACCGCUAUGACCAGCAAAGGAAGAAAGAGAAGGCUGCACUCUCUGAAAUUGAGAAGACGUGUGCAGAUAAGAUUGCUAAUGCAGAGGAAACUCUGAAAAAGAAGAAGCAGGACAACAAAAACUUCAGCUUCUUGCGUAAAUCUCUGGGUUCAAUUUUUGAGGGCUCUGAUGAUGAUUUUGAUCAUGAUGAUUGAGGCUUCAUUUUUCCUUUGCUGCAGUAUCUUUCCCUUCCUUUACUUGCAAAUUGCAUAAGUCAUAGUUUCUUGCAUCCUUUUGUAACUAGCAACUUGAUUUCCUCUGUGCAUCAAGCAUCGGCGGCACAUUUACACUUCUCGUUCUAUUGGUCCCCGAGAUAAUGCUUCUUAGGCUCAUAGCUUUGAUUGCUACGCUCUGCUUCUAUAUCUAAAGUUUCAGCGCAGAUCGUUUUAUUUCUGAUAAAUUGUAGUAGAACUCAAUGGUUUUGAGCAUCUUAUAUCUUGUAUAUGAUCAAUAUAUCUAUGUGUUCUGCUAUAUGUAGCCCCCUUUAC